UCCAUUUUCAUAGUUUUCCUUCCCUCCUCUUUUUGCAACUGUAAAAGAAGCUAAACCAAAAGAAGAGAAACUAACUCUCUUUCUCCCUCUCUUAAUUCUUAAAUGGUGUGCAUUUUUCAAUUUAAAUAUUGAAUUUGUGAUGCAUUUUGUUUUGUUGGUUAAAUGGUGUGCAUGCAAAGUGAUGAGCAGUUAUGGCGUCAAUUAAAACAGGAUUACUGGAUAAUUUGCACCACAAAUUACACCCAAAACGAAAAUUAAUCAUUUCUGGGUUUGGUUUAGGUAUUGCUGCUGCUUCUUUCAUUCUUCUCUCUCUUAUAAUAUGGGUUACCAACAAAACUACAACACCAACUUCUUCUUCUUCUUCUUUCUUCUUUGAUUCUUCAAUUGUUUCUUGGUCCUUUUCUCUUCCAAAAACAUCAUUAUCUUCUUAUUCUGCUGAAAAUGCUACUAUUUUAGGCAAUUCUUCACUAAACAAUGUGAAUUAUAGAAAAACCCAGUUUGAAAAUCUUGAUUUGAAGCUGAAAAAUGUGAGUUUUCAUGGUCUAGAAUCAAGGGUUUUUAAUGAAAAACUCAAAGUUACUAAGGGAAGAAAUGAUGAGGGUUUGAGAAAUUUGAGUACAUUUGAUGGUAGAAUUGCAAGAGAAAUUUAUGGUGAUGCUGGAAAUUUGUUAGAGGAUUGUAAUAUUUUUGAUGGAAAAUGGGUUAGAGAUGAUGAUUUGCCACAUUACCCACCUGGUUCUUGCCCUUAUAUUGAUAGAGAUUUCAAUUGUCAUAUUAAUGGAAGACCUGAUAAAGGUUUUUACACAUGGAAAUGGCAGCCAAUUGGGUGCAAUAUUCGUAGACUGAAUGCCACGGAUUUCUUGGAGCGUAUGAGGGGAAGGAAGCUAGUGUUUGUAGGGGAUUCCUUGAAUCGGAACAUGUGGGAGUCUCUUGUUUGCAUGCUUUGGCAUAGUAUCAAAGACAAGAAGAGGGUGUAUGAGGUAUCGGGGAAGAAGGAAUUCAAAAAGGAGGGCUAUUACGCCUUCAGAUUCGAGGAUUACAACUGCACUAUUGACUAUGUUAGAGCUCCCUUUUUGGUCAGGGAAUCCACAUAUCAGAAGAAAAAUGGGUCACUAGCGACAUUAAGACUCGACUUAAUGGACCAAACAACCCAAAUGUAUCAUGAUGCUCAUAUUCUAGUCUUUAACACUGGCCACUGGUGGACCCAUGAGAAAACUUCUAGAGGGGAGGAAUAUUAUCAAGAAGGCGAUCAUGUUCACCCUCGACUUAAAGCUCUUAAGGCUUACAGGAAGGCCCUUGCCACUUGGGGUAGAUGGGUUGACAGGCAUAUUGAUUACAAGAAAACUCUAGUUUUCUUCAGAGGAUAUUCUGGCACUCAUUUCAGAGGAGGCCAGUGGAAUUCGGGAGGACAAUGUCAUAAAGAAACCGAACCUAUCUUCAACGAGACUUACUUAGCGAAAUACCCUUCAAAGAUGAGAGCUCUUGAGCAAGUUUUGGGGAAAAUGAAGACCCCGGUUAUGUACUUAAAUAUAAGCAGGCUGACAAAUUACAGAAAAGAUGCUCAUCCGUCGAUAUACAGAAAGUCUUACGAGACUGAGAAAGAGCUAAUUGAGGCCGAACAAUCCCAAGAUUGCAGCCAUUGGUGCUUGCCUGGUGUGCCUGACAUAUGGAAUGAGCUACUUUACGCUUCUGUUCUGAAGAUUGGAUGGGGGUCUCCAACUCAAGGAAUGUGACUUUAAGCAUGGAAUAUGUAAAGCAACAAAUUGAUAGAUAUCUCUUGCAGCACUGGUUCGUGAUAGCUAAACGGGUUUUAAGCUUUCUAUUAAGGUGUGCCAUUGUAAAUAUUUGAGUAUAAGUAUUAAGUAGGAACAAUCAUGCGCCUUUUGAUUCUUUCAACUGGCAAAAAGAUGAUGCUACACAUCUGUUGUUCCUAGCCAUACAAGCAAGGGACAAAAAGGAUUAAAGUACCAUAUAGAUCUAUAAAAAAUUUAAUUGUUCCA